CCGGUUGCCUUUCUGAUAAGCUUCUCUUUUUUCUGAUAAGAUGCAACACGCCACAUCACCCUCCACUCCCCUGCCUGCAGUCCAAAUCACCAUAGCCAUUUCCAAGAGCAUGCAACAAGAUGAUGCCAUCCGUAUAAAGCAGUAGCAAGUACUCGCCCACACUUGUUCUGUUGUUCAGUUCACUGGCACCUCCAGCCUCCAGGCCCAUCAACACAACACAACCAAGAUGCAGCUCAGCUGAGCUUAGCCAGGCCAUGGCGAUGGCGCCGCAGGGGCAGGAACACGAGCAUGCCCACCACCCGGAGCCUAACAAAGCCGCGUCCAUCGCCACCAACAGGUGGGGGCCCUACUCGGGCGCCGGCGACUUCGCCAGAAACAUGGCCGUCAUCCUGGCCGCCCUGCUCGCCGCGCUCGCGCUGGCCCUCGCGCUCAUCGCCGCCGCGCGCUACCUGCUCCGCCGCGGCCGACGCGGAGCUGCUGGUCGGCGCGGAGACGGAGAGAACAACAACAACGCCAACGCGGACCCGGAGAAGCCGGCCGUGGAGCCGCCUCCGGCCCUGGUGUACUCGGCGGCGGGGACCAAGCUGGCGGGCGCCACGGCGGAGUGCGCCAUCUGCCUGGCCGAGUUCGUGGACGGGGACGCCGUGCGUGUCAUGCCGGCCUGCGGGCACGGCUUCCACGCGCGCUGCAUCGAGCGGUGGCUCGCAGGGGGACGCCGCUCGACCUGCCCGAGCUGCCGCGCGCCGGCCGCCCCCCGAGCCGGAGGUAGCCAGGCCGAGGCCGCAGCAUCUUCAACUUGAACGCCAACUGCUUCUGCAUCUUGUUGUUGGCAAGUGUUGUGUUCUUGCUAUGCAUGUGUAAAAAAUUUUCAGGAGAGAAAAUCACAUUAUGUUCAUUUCUCUCUUGCUUAAUUACUACUCGAUCUUCAUGCAUGCUUAAUUCAAGUUCUGACCA